AUGGUCAUUCUCAGGACGCAGUCCGACUUUGGCCAUGCGCCCCCGCCUCAGACACCGUAUAGCAUCGUCACCAAUCUUCCUGGCUGGGAUCUUCUCAAGAGCAUCCGGCAAGGCGACACGUCACCGUUGGCCCGAGUCGUCCACAUCUACCCGCGACUGUCGCCGACUCAAUUUGUCCGCACGCUCUCGGCGGAGAUUGCCAAAAAAGUCGGCCUGGAAGAGAAAGCCUGCAUGAUGUACCUGGACCCCGUCAUGUGGAGGUACACCAAGAGCCAUGUUGCUCACGAGCUGCGCAGGGAGCACGCCAUCUCGCCCGACAGGCUUACCUUGAAGGUGGUUGACGUUGCUGGUCACCGGCUGUACUGCGUGCUGUACGAUCCCCAGCACUCGAGGGCUCUUAUGCUCAGCUGGGGCACGCCGGGCCUGGGCCUGUCUAUCCGCCAGGCAGAGUACUUGCUGGAUCGGGUCGAUACCAUGGUGGAAGUUUCCUUUGACGACGAAAAUGCGCCGCCUCGGCCAACCUGGGCUCCGGAAGGCCCUGACCAUGAGCCGCUGAGGCAGCGUAUCAACGACCUCGUCCACCACGGAGCCAUUGACCCGGAAAAGGUCAAGAGCCAGAGCAAAGACGUGUUCCUGUAUCCGUCCGGCAUGGCGGCCGUGUUUACAGCGAAAAUCAUUCUGCAGGACUACCGGCCAAACAGGACCAACGUUGAGCUGGGCAUGGUAUUCCACAACACACACGAGCUGCUGCGUGAAGAAAGCCCCGGCGGGUGGAAGCAUUUCGGCAGCGUCGACAGCGAGGGCCUCGAGAUGCUGGAAACGUGGCUGGAAAAGGAAGAAGCCGAGGGCCGUGGAGCGACCUUUGUCAUUGUCGAGUUUCCGAGCAAUCCGACGCUGGAGUCUCCCGACUUGCCGCGCUUGAAGAGGAUGUCGGAGAGAUUCAGUUUUGUCCUCAUUGUCGAUGAUACCAUCGGCGCCUUCAGCAAUGUCGACGUCCUUGCCCAGUCGGACAUGCUGCUAACAUCACUCACCAAAUCCUUCAACGGGAGAUCCGACGCGCUCGGCGGCUCGAUUGUGCUCAACCCUCUGUCGCCGCACUACCAAGAGCUGCAGAAGCGCUUCGCAGAGGGCCACCACAACCAGCUGUCCGCCGCCGACGCCAAAGUCUUGCUGUCCAACUCGCGCGACUUUUUCGACCGAGCAGCCCGCCUCAACGCCAACGCGCAAGCCAUGGCGGAGCUGCUGCACCGGAACAUGACGGAGCAGCCAGGCUCGCCCAUUGUCGGCGUCCAGUACCCCAGCCUGCUGCCCAGCAAAGCCAACUACGAUGCUUUCAUGAGGCGCCGCACCCCGGAGCUGCCCCACCCGGGGUACGGAUGCCUCUUGACGGUCAACUUGGCCGGCGUCGAGGCGGCCCGGGCGUUCUACGACCGCUGCGGGUUCUACCCGUCGCCCCAUAUCGGGGGACACGUCACCAUCAUGUUCGCCUACAACAUGUUCAUGUUUGGCAAGGACCCGCAGGAGGCGGAAGCUCUGAGGGCAUAUGGCAUUUUCGAGGACAGCGUGCGCAUAUCCGCGGGCCUGGAGCGGGUCGAGGAUUUGCUGGACACGCUGCAAGACGCGCUGGACGCAGCGGCAAAGGUCGGGAGAGGGGGGAAGGAAGGAUGA